UCGGGUCGAUCUCAGUUGCAUCGAACGGCUCGCAAAGUGAUGAACCGUAAAAUGGUGGCCCAACUGCGUGGUGUGGUGAAGUUCCUGCUCGUGGCUGGUGCGCUGCUGGUUGACUUUGGUGUCGCGGAAAAUCCCUGCUCCGGUGGACCGCCCGUCGAUACGAAACCGGCCGAAUGUUGCGCAACGCCAAUGCUGGUCGAUGGAACCAUCAUGAUGGACUGCUACCAGCAGUACAUUGAGCAAACGAAGAAACAGCUCCAGAUGGACGGCAUUCCGCGCGGAUGUUGCAUCGCCGAGUGUGCCAUGAACGCGACCAUGAUGUACGCCGACGGGAUGCUGAAGCGGGACGAUCUGUCGAAGAUGUUUAUGGACGCGGUCAAGGACAAGCCGGAGUGGAUGGCGGUGGUGCGCGAUGCCACGAACGCGUGCUUCGAGCUGGCGGAGAAGAAGAAGGACGAAAUCGAAGCCGGGGCCAAGCUGGAGCCAGCCUUCGAGGGGGAGAAAAUCUGUCACCCCGUAUCCGGUACGGUGCUACGCUGCAUGGGCAUGAUGAUGUUUGCCCAGUGCCCGCCCGCCGUUUUCAAGGAGAGCGAAAACUGCAACAAACUGCGCGAGUACGGCAGCAUGUGCCCGAUGAUUUAAGGUGCCCGUUAUUUUGUGUAAAAGCAGAGGUGAAGUUAAACACAAAAACAGCAUAGGUUGAGCAAGUGCCCGAACCUUCAGAUUAAAGUUGGUUGUUGACUUGGAUAAACAUUUUUCUCUUAGUACGGCACAGAUGGCGCUAGCAUCCGAAUGCGUGCCGCUGUAAGUAUUUGUGCCGCUGCAAACCUGCUUUGAAUUCAAACAAGGUUUUGUCUUUAUUGUUCGAUUCGAUGGCAAAAAAAACACUUUGCUCCAAUUUUUGAGGAUCGCUUAUUGAAAUUGACUUUUAACAAGCCGUAAAAUUCAUUUUAAACAACCUACCAAAACUUAUGCUUGAUCAUAAAUUGUCAAACAACUCGUUAACGAAACGGCUGAAGGAUUAAGGCUCGCGGUUAAGUGAUUGCUAUCAGUUUUCAACCAUUGAGCGAACCAAUUUGCUCCGCAAUUAAUAAAUUUCUUAAGCCAACAU